GCACAGCAGGAGUAACAUGGCGGCACAGUUAGCCAGCAGAAAUGUUGUUUCACUACCGCGAAGGUCAGAGCUGCGCCUCGUAAACGGAAUUUAACAGCGAGGACACAGCCGAAAGUAUUAAAUCCAGGAAGAAGUGGAUGAUGCGUAAAGGUUUCCUAGCAUUACCGUCUUGCAGCAAUGGCCUGAGGGACUCUCUGGACUGAAACCAAGACGCUGAUAUGCAUUGAGGAUGAGUGGAGUCGGUGAAAACUCGUCUGACCCUGCCAGGGCAGAGUCGCGGAAACGCAAAGAAUGUUCUGCCGAACUUCUAGGACCCAGUCCAAAGCGGAGCAACGAGAAGCGCAACCGCGAGCACGAGAACAAAUACAUUGAAGAGCUCGCCGAGCUGAUCUUCGCCAACAUCAACGACAUCGACAACUUCAACGUCAAGCCUGACAAAUGUGCAAUCCUGAAGGAAACUGUGAAACAGAUCAGACAAAUAAAGGAGCAAGAAAAGGCUGCAGCAGCGAAUGAGGAGGAGGUACAGAAGGCUGAUGUCUCAUCAACAGGCCAAAGUGUGAUUGACAAAGAUGCCUUGGGACCAAUGAUGCUGGAGGCCCUGGAUGGCUUCUUCUUUGUGGUGAACAUGGAGGGCAACAUUGUGUUCGUGUCUGAGAAUGUGACCCAGUACCUGCGCUACAACCAGGAGGAGCUGAUGAACACCAGUGUCUACAGCGUGCUGCACGUCGGGGAUCACGCUGAGUUCAUCAAGAACCUGCUGCCCAAAUCCCUCGUGAACGGCGUCCCGUGGUCCAGCGAGGGUCCGAGGAGGAACAGUCACACGUUCAACUGCCGGAUGCUGGUCAACCCCCACAGCGAGAGCCAGGAUGAGCCGCACGAGCACGAGCCUCAGCAGCAGAAAUACGAGACCAUGCAGUGUUUCGCUGUUUCCGAGCCCAAGUCCAUCAAGGAGGAAGGAGACGACUUUCAGUCGUGCCUGAUCUGUGUGGCUCGCAGGGUGCCAAUGAAGGAAAGACCUAUGCUUCCCACGCAUGAGAGUUUCACCACGCGCCAGGACCUGCAAGGUAAGAUAACGUCCCUGGAUACCAGUCUCCUGCGGGCAUCCAUGAAGCCGGGCUGGGAGGAUCUGGUGAGGCGCUGCAUCCAGAGGUUCCACCUACAGAAUGACGGCGAGAUGUCUUUUGCCAAGAGACAUCAGCAGGAAGUGCUCCGCCAUGGCCAGGCGUUCAGCCCCAUCUACCGUUUCUCCCUCUCUGAUGGAACCAUCGUCUCAGCCCACACUAAAAGUAAACUGGUGCGCUCGCCCGCCACCAACGAACCCCAGCUCUACAUGUCACUGCACAUUCUUCAGAGGGAGCAAACAGUAUGUGGAAUGGGCCAGGACAUGGGUCCUGGCAGUCAGGCUACAGGGAUGGCUCCCAAACCAAUGAACUCCUCCACUCCUUCCAUGACUCCUCCAACCCCAGGCAGUUUGCCAGGCUCCGGGCCUCAGGGCCAAGACACUACCAUCAGCAGCAACAGCACGCCUUUUUCCCCUCCAGGCCCUGCUGGCCCCAGAGAGCCAGCAGCCAUGGGGGGCCAUAUGCAGGGCUACCGUUUUGGCUGUCCCCCACCACACAACCACACUGGGGGCAUGCAGCCGCCACAGCAGGGCCCUAAUUGGAGGAUGAACAGCCCCUCUCGUGCUAGCCCCAGCCCAGCCGGUGGGCCCCAUCCACCUCAACAGAACUCUAUGCUGUCGCCCAGGCACCGAGGUAGUCCUGGGGGUGCGGGCAGCCCCCGUGUAGCAGGUGGCCUGCACUCACCCUCCCCAGUGGGCAUGUGUGGUGGAGGGCCUGGAGGUGCAGGUAGUAGUAGCACGACAAGCACGCAUGCUAACAGCUACACUAGCAGUUCUUUGUCAGCUCUGCAGGCCCUUAGUGAGUGCCAUGGUGUUGGACAUGGGCAUGGGCCCCCUCAUGCGCACACACUGGGGUCUCCAGACCGGAAAAUAGGCUCCCCAGCUGCGGUCACACAAGGGUCAGGAGUUAACACUCAUCUGAUGUCAAAACUUGGAGGAGGCAGUGGCGCUACUGGUGGCACAGGAGACUCAUUUGGACCUCACACAGAGGUGGGUCAGGCGCACCCCCAGGGCCAGACAGAGAGCAACCUAGCUGAGCCCAAAGAGGAGAGGGAGGGCCCCUCUGAGGGCCACGACGCUCACAACCGUCUUCACGACAACAAGGGCCACACCAAGCUACUGCAACUGCUCACCACCAAGCCAGAGCCUCUGGAGACACCCCUCUCCCCUGGUGCAGGAGGUGAGGGCAAGGACCAGGCUGGAACAGGGGUCCGGGGUGGCCACACUGGAGGGAACACUCAUGCCACAUCCCUUAAAGAAAAACACAAAAUCCUCCACCAGCUGCUUCAGAACAGUACGUCUCCUGUAGACCUGGCUAAACUCACUGCAGAGGCUACGGGCAAAGAGCUGGGUCAAGACCAAGCCCAGGGUGCUGGUAGUACAGCUUCUGGGGCAGACAUAGCUCCCAAGCAGGAGCCCCUAAGCCCUAAGAAGAAAGACAAUGCCCUGCUGCGCUACCUACUGGAUAAAGAUGAUACUGUACUGAAAGACAAGGUCCCUAAAUUGGAGCCCGGGGAGGUGAAGGUCGAAGGGGGCAAACACCCCCUUGUCAAGGCAGAGAAACAGGACACAGGAUACGACCGUGCUGAACAGUCGUCAGAGCUGGACGACAUCCUGAACGACCUGCAGAAUGCUCAGCCGCAGCUCUUCUGUGAGCCGCGGCCCGUCUCUUUGCCCAGCCCCAUGGACAAACAGAACAUCAUCAAUGACAUCCUGCAGAUGUCGGAGACCAAUCCUGCAAUGGCGCCGCAGCAGCCGCACAGGGGCAUCGGGACCGGCAUGGGCCCAACGAACUUCGGAGGUGUCCGACCAAGCCAGCCAGGCAGGGGUCUGCCUGUCAGGAGCGUGUCUCUGGACAUGAAUGUGUCCCCUCAGCAGCCCUCACUACAGUACCCCAUAAGGGCCACAAGCCCAUACACUCUCAUACAGCAACAACAGCAGCAAGGCAUGGUGGGAAGUCACGGCAUGAUUGCUAACCAGGCCGGUAUGGUCAGCACAGGACUGAUGGCACCAGGUGGUCUACGGCCAGGCAUGCAGCAACAGGAGGGCUGGGUGGGUUCAGCCUCCGCCCCUCCUCUAGGAGCCUCGGGCCCUGGGCAGCAAGGUGCAAUGCAGGCCAGGAUGGGGCCUAACAGUGCUCCCAUGAGACCCAACAGCCAGCCAGGGCCCCGACAGAUGCUCCAGUCCCCAAUGAUGGCCAAUGCCCAACCUGAUAUGGAUAUUGGCAUGGCCGGACACCAUUUCUCCCAGCAACAGGCUCCACCCAACCAGACUGCCCCCUGGCCAGACAGCAUGAUGCCCAUCGACCAGACAGCUUUUGUAAACCAGGCCAGGCCGGUGCAUGCACCACCACAGGAUGAUUUGCUGUGUAGUACGGGGCUCGGCUCUGGUGAUGGCAAUGCAGUAGACGAGGGGGCUCUGAUGUCCCAGUUGUACACCGCGCUCAAAGACUUUGAUGGCCUGGAGGAGAUUGAUCGUGCACUGGGGAUCCCUGCUCUGGUAGAACAGAGCCAAUCACUGGAGCCAGAGCAGUUCCCCCAAGACCCCUCCAUGAUGAUAGACCAAAAGCCCCCCAUGUACACCCAGCAAUUUGGUCCCCCACCAUCCCACAUGGCCCAAAGGGGCUACCCCGGUGCUGCCAUGCAAGAGCAAGGCUUCCACCCCAUGUCUGGCCAGAUGGGUCCACGGCCGGGUUACUCCAUGAUGAGGAUGCAGGCCCGGCCCGGACUCAGGCCCACCGGGGUCGUCCCCAACCAGCCCAACACGCUACGACUGCAGCUCCAGCACCGGCUACAGUCGCAGCAGAACCGUCAACCAAUGAUGACUCAGAUGAGUAGUGUGUCAAAUGUGAACCUACCUCUUCGGGCCAAUGCUCCAAACCAGGGGACCAUCAAUGCUCAGAUGUUGGCACAGCGUCAGCGGGAGCUGCUGAGUAACCACUUGAGACAGAGGCAGCAGCAGCAGCAGGCCCAGCAGGUCCAGCAGCAACGGAGCAUGGCCAUGAGGGCCCAGGGUCUCAACCUGCCUCCCAACAUGGCUGCCGGAGGCAUGAGUAACCCCCGGAUCCCCCAGGCCAACCCCCAGCAGUUCCCCUACCCGCCCAGCUACGGUACCAGUACAGGCCUGGCCUCGCCACCUCCCUCUACCAGCCCCUUCUCCUCCCCUCUCUCCCCCAGCCUGCCCUCUCUCCCCCCCAACCCCCAGCUCCACCUGCAUGGCACCUCCUCCUCUUCCUCCACCUCCUCCUCCUCCUCACAGAUGAUGAUGGGAAACACAAACAUGAUGGGCGGACAGUACGGGGCCGUACUCAGCCCCCAAAUGCAGCACAGUGCCUUUCAGUUUCCCAACUCAGGUAUGAGCCAGCAGGCAGACGGAGGCUUUGGAGGUCCCGGCACACCACAGAGCCCCCUGCUCUCUCCACGCAUGGCCCACACACAGUCCCCAAUGAUGCAGCAAGGCCAAGGAAACGCUGCUUUCCAGGGCUCCCCUGACAUGAACGGCUGGCCGCAGGGCAACAUGGGAGGCAACAGUAUGUUCUCACAGCAGCAGGCGUCACCGCAGUUCACCCAGCAGAAUAACAGCAACAUGUACAACGGCAAUGGCAUGAACCUCAACAACGUCUCCAUGGCCACCAACAUGGCAACCAGCAGCAUGGGCCAGAUGGCCGGACAGAUGAGCGUCACGUCCAUGGCCUCAGGGCCCUCACCCGGCUUGCCCUCCAUGGGGCAAGAACAGAAAUACUGUUGACCCUCAUGGAGUUCUUAACCUGAACCUCAGUGAUCAGCUGGUGCAAGGAGCACGUCGGCCCCUU